AUGAUUAUGCUGAAAUUUGAUCAUUUUAGCUAUCCAACGUGCAGUGGUUCAAUAGCACCAGGUUUGGCAGGAGAUAUGCAUUUUCUCUCAGACGUUAUUGCAUUUAUUGGACCUGCGUGCUUGUUUGCCUUAGAACCAGUCGCCAGAUUAGCUUCUUACUGGAAUAUUCCUAUUAUAACUGGAAUGGGAGAUCAGCCGCAGUCUGAAGGCCAGAUAUCAGUUACUUCUAGGUUACUAAGAAGGUAUAACGCAAAAAACAAAAGUAACACUGCGGGCAUUUUAAACGAUAAAAGCAAAUACUCUACUUUAACAAGAAUGUCCUACUGUCAAUGUCGGCUAAAGAAAGUAUUCGAAAGCAUAUUUAAGCAAUUUGAAUGGAGACAUAUAGCAAUCAUACUUGAUAGAUCAGAUUUAUUUUCUCUCACUGUUGGAAAAAUUUUGUCGCACGGCCUAAAGAAGGACGGAAUGUUAGCAUAUGAAAAAGAAUUAGAUGGUAGCGAAGAUGAUCCCCUAGAAAGUUACUUGAAAGAUGCUAGUAUGUAUUCCAGAGUUUUCAUUUUAUGUGUCAGAGGACCUUUGGUACGAGAAUUUAUGUUGACAGCCCACACGCUCGGCAUGACUAGUGGAGAAUACAUAUUUCUGGAUGUGGAAAUUUUUCAGGGUACUUUUUGGGGUGAUCAUGACUGGAAAGUAGGGGAUAUUAAUGACACUGUUGCUCGAAUAGCUUACGAAGCUCUUCUUCGAGUUUCACUGCUUCAACCAACCAGUGACAAGUUUCAGGAAUUUGCCGACAAAGUUAAACAGAGGUCCAUGGAUGAUUACAACUAUACGAUAAGUGAAAACGAGGAAAUCAAUUUUGUGAUUGGAGCUUUUUACGAUGGCGUUUAUUUACUAGGAAUGGCACUAAAUGAAACGUUAUGGGAAGAUGGAGAUAUAAGGGACGGACGAAGUAUCACUGCUAGAAUGUGGAACAGAACAUUCUCUGGGAUUACUGGGCAAGUUAGAAUAGACAGUAAUGGCGAUAGAGAUGCUGACUAUUCUAUUUUAGACUUAAAUCCCAUUACUGGAAAAUUUGAAGUAGUUGGACACUACAAUGGCUUGACUAAAGAAUAUUCGCCAGUUCCUGAUAAAAAGAUUCAUUGGCCAGGAGGACGAACAGAUUCUCCCCCGGAUAUUCCAUUGUGCGGGUUUAUGGGCAACAGCCCUGAGUGCCGUAAUUACGGACAUCCAAUGUCUGCUUUUAGUAGGAAGAUAUCUCGAAGUAAUUUGCAUAAUAUGUCUUGGAGAAUACGCUUAGAAGAGCUUUAUUUUCCACCAAACUCUACAACUCAGCCUUCAUCAGAGGCCUAUCGUCUUUCAAGCUGCAGGUCAUCCCUAUCAUCAAAUUCCUCCAAACAGCAGUUUACUUCAAUAGGAAUGUUUAGGGGAAAUAAAGUAGCAAUAAAGAAAAUUGUCAAAAAGAAAGUCGAUGUAAAUAAAAAGCUGCUGUUAGAAAUCAAACAGAUAAAAGAAAUUGGUCAUGAAAAUACAGUACGAUUUAUCGGAGCUUGCUUAGAACACCCUAAUCCCUUAAUUAUUACCGAGUAUUGCUCCAGGGGUAGCUUAAAAGAUGUUCUUGAUAAUAAAGAUAUUAAAUUGGAUUGGAACUUUAGAAUGUCUCUAAUAAACGAUAUAGUAAAAGGCAUGAGUUAUUUACAUCAAUCGGAAGUUGCAGUUCACGGUAAGCUACGGUCGUGUAACUGUUUGAUCGAUGGGCGGUUUGUCUUAAAAUUAUCCGAUUUUGGACUUUCAACCCUAACAACCCCAAAUCAGAUAAUAAGAGAUAGUGAAUUCUUUCGAAAAAUGCUUUGGGUGGCUCCAGAACUCAUCCCUUUGGAUACAAACCCAGUUUUGCUACCAACACAGAAAGGAGAUGUGUACAGCUUUGGAAUAAUCCUUGAGGAAAUUAUACUUCGAGCCGGACCAUUUCAGUCUGCACGUGAAGAAUUAGGUGUAAAUGAAAUAGUUUCCCGGGUUGCAGCCCGUGAAAAUCCACCGUUUAGACCACUAGUGCAUAACGACGAAUGUCCUGAAAAGCUUUCGGAACUUAUGGUGUCAUCGUGGUGUGAAAAUCCCGAUAAUAGACCAACGUUUCAACAAAUUAGACUACUUUUACGAAACUUAAUGAAACAAUUUGGUGAAAAUAUUAUAGACGACCUACUCAGAAGAAUGGAGCAAUACGCUAAUAACCUCGAGGUGCUAGUCAAUGAAAAAACAGAAGAAUUGAGUCAGGAAAAGCGCAGAUCUGAAGAAUUGCUUUACCAGGUUAUACCUAGACCAGUAGCGAUGCAACUGAUGAUGGGACAGUUCGUUGAACCAGAGCAAUUUGAAUGUGUUACUAUAUAUUUCAGCGAUAUAGUGGGAUUUACUGCGUUCUGUGCUAUAAGUACACCUAUGGAAGUAGUGGAUUUACUAAACGAACUAUAUAGUACUUUUGACAGAAUAAUUAAAUCCUACGAUGUCUAUAAGGUAGAAACAAUUGGAGACGCCUACAUGGUUGUGUCCGGUUUACCUCAAAGAAACGGCAAUAACCAUGCUAAGGAGAUCGGUUUGAUGGCUUUAGCGAUCUUGACUCAAGUAAAAAUUUUCACCUUCAAACAUAAUCCGGAUUUUCAGCUGCAAGUAAGGAUUGGAAUCCAUUCUGGUCCAGUUUGUGCUGGUGUUGUGGGUCAUAUAAUGCCCCAUUAUUGUUUAUUUGGUGACACUGUCAAUACAGCAAAUAGAAUGGAAAGUACUGGAAUGCCAUUGAAGAUACAUGUUAGUAAAGCGACUCAAGAAAUCCUGGAAACAUUUGGUACAUUUGUGCUGGAACGAAGAGGCGAAGUAGAAUUAAAAGGAAAAGGUUGGGUGACUACCUACUGGCUGACCAGGAGCACAGAACCAUCGCCAGAACUACCAAGUCACAGACAUUCUUCACCUGUGAACGAACAAGAAGCCACUCCAUAUCCCCUGGUGUUUAUGGGUUAAUAAUAUAUUUUUGAAAAUCAGUAUUAGGGUAUUUUAAGGAUAACUUUUAAUGUUUGUACUUCAAUUUCUAUGUUGUUUCGAAGCUAUUUUCUUGUGGCAUUUUUGCAAGUACCUAACUAGUUUGAUGG